AUGGCGCGUUUCGUCAGGUUCAAAAACAUUAUGGACGAAUUUUAUUCGAAAAGUGGCGCCUACAAAGUCAGAAAUCUUCAGAUACGGCCGAAUACUUUUGAAAAUAGAAUAACGUCUUUUGCCGCCGCACCCGAAUUUAUUGCAACAGCCACGAUCUCCGGCGAAAUACAUAUCUGGUCGCGUGACUUCUUCAAUCAUCUCGGGAUAAUUCCAAAUUGUACUCAAGAUGAGAAAACUCGUCUGCACGUGUGCGGCCGUCUCCUCGCAGCGACAGACAAAGAACGGAGUGUCGUGACACUCUUUUCAGUUGAAGCACCUAGUUUCAUCAACAGAGAUUGCGCUUUCUCUGUCACUGCUCUUCAGACUUUUCCGAUUCCCGCCCGUGUGAAUAGGGUUCAUGUGAGACUCUCUCAGCCUGACGAAAACCAACCUGGGCGGUUUCUGCUUGCCGCCUCCAACGAUGUCAAGAUAUCAUACUUGUCUCCAGCCACUUCAUAUUGGGCAAGGAGUGAUUCCAGUUUCCCCAAGCAUCAAAAGCACCGGAAUCAGACAGAUUCUGCUGCCGGUGAAAUUGCUACCAUCAAUGCCGACGAGAGCGUGAUGAUCCCGAAAGUCAAUUUUGCGGUGCUUACGACCAAACAUACAGCCAUUUUGUGGGAGUCAGAAACUCUUAUUCUUGUUUAUGAUGUCAAAGGCGCAAUAAAGCACAAGUUGUACUCAAACUCAGAUAGCCAUGCUUGGCGCAACGAGGAGGAUCUUAUGAGCAUGGACAGCUUCGGUGAACUCUUGCUAGUCGCCGAACGAAGGAAAGUAGCUGUUUGGAGUCUGAACACAGGUGCAUUGGUGCAACACAUCGAUUUGGGGCAGCCAGAAGGUCUGGACCUCACCCAAGUGCAAAUCACCGGCAAGUGCGGACGAUUUCAUGGCGCGUUAGUCGUGAUGAUGAUGGAGGAGCUGGAAGAUGAUACCGCAGAGGACCACAUUUCAACUGACUACAGAAUCUCUUCAUACACUUGGAAGUCCGACAAGGAUCACAGCAAGUUUGAAAUAGAGAACGGUUCCCUUGACUUGCACCAGGUCCCUGAAACUACUAAUGACUCCUUUUCUGCCGACGAAACAGCGAUUUACCUUCCGAAUUUCCCUGACCCAAUAAUCACCGUCUAUGACUUCAUUGCCCCGCUUUUCCAGGCGAAAAUCUAA